AAAAAAAAUACGCAAAAGUCAAAAUGGCCACAACUAAGAAGAAGUGUAGAAAGAUGAGAGGUCACGUCUCUCACGGUCACGGUCGUAUCGGUAAGCACAGAAAGCACCCUGGUGGUCGUGGUAUGGCUGGUGGUCAACACCAUCACAGAAUCUGGGUUGACAGAUUCCAUCCUGGUUAUUUCGGUAAGAUCGGUAUCAGAAGAUUCCACAUGAAUAAGAAUCACUUCUUGACAAAUUGUCUCAAUGUUGACGAAUUGUGGAAGGUUGCCGGACAAGAAGUCUACCAACAAGCCAAGGAAGGUAAAUUCGGUGGUAAGGCUGUCGUUAUUGAUGCUCACAAGGCUGGUUUCGACAAGAUCAUGGGUAGAGGUGACUUGCCAAAGAUCCCAAUCGUCGUCAGAGCUAGACUCUUCUCCAAGUCUGCUGAAGAAAAGAUCAAGGCUAUUGGUGGUGUCUGCGAACUCACUGCUUAAACUUCUUUCCAAACUAUAAAAAAAAUUAUUUAAAAUCAU